AUGGGAGACGAAGGGUAUCGGGGAUGGAUCAAGCUCGAGAUUCCGUGCUCUCUGCCGGAGCGGUUUAUGAAUCCGAUCGUCAAAUGCCAUGCAACCAAACUAGAACCAGUAAGUGGCAUUUUAUUUGUUAUUUGUAACGGAAAACAAAUGAUUUUAGGCUCUGAAUCUCUAUGAUAUGAAGGUUCAGUCAAAGAGUCAGGUUCAGGCAGUCGAAGAGCAGGAUUGUGAACCGUUUUACGAAGUCAAUUAUGAGGUUUAAACGUUUGACAGAGUCAUACUUAAUAAUGUCGCUUUACAGGUCGUUGCCGACAGAUUUUCGCACACAUUGAUAGCUGCUAUUCAACAUUAUCUUAAGGAUUUGGCGAGUGAUCGUUUGGUGCCUUUUCAACGAGGAAAUCUUGUUCUUCACAGUUCCGACUUUUGGUCGUCUGAACUGACGUGUCAUCUUGUUGAUAUUCCUCUUUCUGCUAUUUACUUUGGAAAUAUUCAAGGAGGAACGUUUAUCAACCACUGGGAAGUCUCAUUCUGGGAUGACACUCGUCGACGGGUGGCGGCAAAAACAAACAGCAAGUUUACAACCACAGUCGAUAGACAGGGACUGAACCAGAUCAAAGUGGAAUUCGAAUUCGAUAAAAUGGAUUUCAUGACUGUGCAUUUCAAACAGAGGGAAGAGGAAUUCAUUCCCGACAAAGACACUUCUCAGAAGACGAAACAAGAAGUCACGAUGUUCUAUCAGAUAACAGUAAGAAGUGAAAAGUGGCAAUAGAAGUUGAAUUGAUGAUUUCAAGGUCAGACGGACUUCCAUUCGGCGGAUUAUAGUGGAUCCGGUGGUGCAAGACAACUACGGUCCUGAUCGGAAUCGCGUUCAUUUCGAACUCAAUUGUCCCGUUUUGAUUAGAAGAGGAUUUUUCACAGACAAGCAACUCGCUGUGAGAAUUAAUGCGUUUUCUCGCUCUCAACGGUUUUUUUUCAGGGUAACCGCCAUACAAUACCACCGUUCCGCAGAAAUUUGGUAAUCAAUCGGGGAAGGACUGCAGGACAGUAUCCAACUGCGACCGCGAUAACAGACAGCCCUGUGUUCACAAUCGAGUUCGAUCAAUCAGUUGGAGUGAGAACUAUCGCUACGAAUAUCCAAACUGAGCCUUUCUUUCCAGCUCGAUGAAAUUUACCGCCUUCUGUCUCGUUUGCGUGUUCGUACUGGAGUUUCCAUCGAGUUUGCCGACAUUCCGUCUAUCGAUUGUCUUAUAUGGAGGGAGAAUCCGUAUCAUCGUUGGACAUUCCAAAAUGGACAACAGCUGAAACCGACGCACUUCUCCGCUCCAGUAUACAGAGACUUUAUAACAACGGUAAUAACCUGAAAGAAAUUCACGAAAAAUUGAGCUAUUCAGGCAUUCCCUCGGAAGCACGAGGUGUGCGGAUCGAGAGAAGUGGACACGAACCGAGAGAGAAAGUUCGCAAUCACCUAUCUCAUCGAAUGUCUGCUGUCAAGAGGAGCAGUCGUGAAGGAUCAGAUACUGCUUGACGAAAUCAUAUGGCAUCGAUUUCUCGAAGUUAUUCUGCACUAUUAUAGCAAAGACGAUAAGUUGUGUGAAGCGGGACUCGAGGAUUUGGUGCAUAUGAUCGACGGAAGGAAAAGAAUCGGAUCUUUGAUGAAGGUGGCCGAAUUAAUUAGCAAGCAAAAUUAUUAUGCAAACUUUCAGUGCUUUGAUAGAAUCUGCCAAACUAGACAGAGAAACAGUCUGACGAACGGAUUGACGCAGGAGGAGAUGCGAGAGGGAUAUCAGAGAGUUCGGAAGAUCAUCUUCACGCCCACACGCGUCAUCUACGUGGCUCCGGAGACGUUAAUGGGAAAUCGAGUGCUCCGACGUUAUGAUCACGACGGAACAAGAGUGCUGAGAAUUACAUUUCGCGACGACGACAAUCAAAAAAUGAGGACGAACAAAACGAGUUACCUGUUGGAGAAGACCGUCGGAAUGUAUCUGAGCCAAGGAGUUACGGUCGCCGGCCGGAAUUUUGGAUAUUUAGGCAGUUCCAAUUCUCAAAUGAGAGACAACGGAGCGUACUUUAUGGAGAAGUAUUCUUCGUCGCAAUGUCGCGAAUACGAAGCCAUUCAUCACAUAAAACCUCCGAUCACAUUCAAUCCUAAAAUCCAGGCUGCGAGAAAGAACUUGGGACGUUUCGAAACUAUCGAUAACAUUCCGAAGAUGAUGGCUCGUCUCGGACAGUGUUUCACGCAGAGCAGAGUGAGAAACAAUAAAAGCCUAACUCCAAUGAUUGUGAUUGCAGUUGUCUGGAGUGAAUCUGGAGCGAUGCACGUACAUGACAGCUUUCGACCUCACAGGUGGAAAGAACUCGAAACGGGAUGAGUACACGUUCUCGGAUGGAGUUGGCAUGAUGAGCUUCCGUUUCGCGCAAAUGGUGGCAACGGUCAUGGAUUUUGGAAAAGGAGUACCCAGUUGCUUCCAGGUACACGCGCGCUUCCGGCUUCUUUCAAUUCAUCAUAACUUUCAGUUCCGUUUCCGUGGAAUGAAGGGAGUGAUUGCUGUGGAACCAUUGCUCGAUGAAAUACGAGAAUGGUCUAUGAGACACGGAAUGAAAAGCCCCAGCGAUGACAGUUCGUGGGCUCUUAACUGUGUGUUCCGUCCCAGUCAAAUCAAGUUUAUCUCGAAGAGACAUCCACGCGAUCAAGUAGAGAUUGUCAAAUAUUCGUCUCCAGUUCCUGUUUCCCUCAACAAACCAUUCAUAAACAUUCUCGAUCAAGUUUCCGAGAUGCAAUCGUUAGAGUGCCAUCGGCGAGUGACCAACAGAAUCGAAGAACUGCUUGACCGGCAGAUGCUCUCUUUUGCUCAGCAAAUGGUCGACGAAACGUACUGUAGAAAUCGACUGAAAGUGAGAAAUCUCAUCUUUCGUUUCCACUGUCUGAUAUUAUUCUAGGAGCUCCCUCGUCGAGUGGACAUUGACUUCCUUCGAACGACGUGGGGAUUCACGCUGGCUAGUGAACCGUUCUUCCGGUCUCUCAUCAAAGCGUCGAUCAAGUUCUCGAUCAGUGGGUUACGCACGUCUUGUAAGAUUAACUUUUUUUUUAGCGAGGCAACUACGAAAGGAGCAGAUUCCGAUUCCACAAGAUCUAGGUCGUUCCUUGCUCGGAGUUGUUGAUGAGACGGGUCGUUUGCAAUACGGACAGAUUUUCGUUCAGUAUACGAAGAAUCUGGCUCUCAAACUGCCACCGAAAAACGCUGCUAGACAUGUGCUCACCGGAACAGUUCUGCUCACGAAGAAUCCGUGCAUCGUGGCUGGAGACGUCCGUAUUUUUGAAGCCGUCGACAUUCCGGAACUGCAUCACAUGUGCGACGUCGUUGUGUUCCCACAGCACGGUCCCCGACCGCAUCCGGACGAAAUGGCCGGAUCCGAUCUCGACGGAGAUGAGUAUUCCGUCAUCUGGGACCAAGAACUUCUGCUCGAAAAAAACGAGGAACCAUUCGAUUUCACUUCGGAGAAACAAAAGAUUCCGUUCGACGAGAGCCAGAUUGUAAAAAUUUAAUAUGUUCAAAUUUAAAAGUUAUAUUAUUUACAGGAGAAUCUUAUGCAAGAAUUCUACGUGAAAUAUCUCAAGCUCGACUCGGUGGGAACUAUUUCGAACAGUCAUCUCCACUGCUCCGAUCAGUACGGACUGAAUGCUCGAGUGUGCAUGGAUCUGGCCAAAAAAAAUUGCCAAGCCGUUGACUUCACAAAGUCAGGCCAGCCACCGGAGCCUCUCCAAAAAAAAUGGAGAAAGGGUAUUUCCAUGUUUUCCUAAUGUAAAUUUAACGGCAUGACGUCUCAGAUGAGGAUACUGGCGAGAUGAUUCCUCCGGAAAGGGCGGAAAGAGUGCCCGAUUACCACAUGGGAAACGACCACUCUCCGAUGUACGUUAGCCCGAGACUGUGCGGUAAACUGUACCGAGAGUUCAAAGCCAUUGACGAUGUGCUGAAGAUUUCCGAAGAGCGCGAUGAACAACUUGAAAUUUCGAUAGAUGAAAACAUCAUGAUUGGAGGAUACGAGGAACAUUUAGUCGGUGCUAAGGAAGAACUCGCAAGAUAUAAUGCACAGUUGAGAGUGAGCUGGACCGCUUUUUCAAUCACAAAUUCAAACAAAUUUUUCAGUCAAUGAUGGAGAACUACGGAAUUCGAACGGAAGGAGAAGUUUUCUCUGGAUGCAUUGUGGACAUGCGGAACAGAAUUUCGGACAAAGAUCAGGAUGACAUGUCAUUCUACAAUACUAAUCAAAUGAUCGAGACGAAAGUGACAAAUCUGUUCCGCAAGUAUCGGGAGCACUUUUUCGAGGAAUUUGAAGGUGGCUGGAAGUCAAACACCGAACCGACGGCUCGGGCGAAUGACGACAACAACAUUAUGCAGAGGCAGUGUCUUGCUCCCACUACACAAAUGUUGCGCAAAGCGGUGGCUUGGUAUCGCGCAUGCUAUGGUAAGUUAUGAAGUUUUUAGUUUGUACAACGAUUGUGUUUUUCUAUAGAGGAAGCGCGGCGUACGAGAGAGAACAAGAAGCUAUCAUUCGCCUGGGUCAUCUACGACGUCAUUGCGUUGGUGAAGCAACACACGAGUCUCACGAGUGAUGCCGUUUUGAUGGGCGGUGCGAAUCCUCUGUACACAAUGCUUGAUGCUCACAGGGAACAGUAUUUGCUUGACAACCGUCAGUCAUUUGAGCAGUUCUGUCGUGUGGAAACGCCUGAGAACAGAGGAGAACAUACUGAACGAGCGAACGUCAUCAUCAGAAUGUACUUGGAAAAGUAUCCAGGACUGGACACCGUGCUGUUCAUUUUGAAAGAAUGGGCGAAAGCUUCGAAGCUUUUCGAUAACAUGCCGAUCCGAGAGCACCAUUUCUGCCUUCUUUUCAUUCUCUUCGCCACUCGACAAUUCUCAUCGGUUGAUGGAAACGCGGGUGUUUUCUUCAACAAAAUUGAAGAAAAGACUCACAAACGAGCUGAAAAUAUGGACAAUUCGAUUUCCGAAGAACAACGCUCAAAGAUGGUAUAUUUAUCACUUUUUAGUUUUCGAUGAACUGUCAUUUCAUAGGUGGUUAAGUUCUUGGAGUUCCUUGCUUCUCGCAAGUUCCGCAAAAUGUCGAAUCUGUCAUUCCGACCGCUCGACUUCUCGUCUGUUUUCAUGCGUGGCGAAUGGCAGAUCUUCCACGUAGCCGCCCUUAAAACCUACUACAACAUUCUGUUCAACCUCCGCUUCGAAGAACUGCCCGUCUCGACCGAUCCCACGAUCACAGUCCGGUCGAUUAUCCGAGAAAAUGAGCCGUUCGUUAUCGAGUUGCCAGGUAAUACUUUUAGUAAAGUGACGAUAUAUAUUCUUCGUUCCAGCCGAUUGUGACCGUGAACUUGUUCAUCGGAAACUAGUGGAACACACGGGCGUCGAGGAGAUUCAUAUGCGUAACAUGGAAAAGUCGGUUCGUGCGAUAGAUGAGACUCCAAACUUGAAUGGUAUCAGAUUAGGAUGGUAUUCAUUCUAGUAACGGUGAAUUACAGUGCGCUUGUUGGUGUCAACACGUGGAACCCUCGAAGCAAUGUACAAGUUGAGGCAGCUGGUGGCCGUCAAGGUAAAGCUUAGUAAGCUCUCAAAACGGCAUGAGCGUAUUCCAGGUUCCCAUCAAAACUUAUGUGACAGGUCAAGAGAUUUCGACACAAAUGGCUCGUCUGUGCUAUGAGAAAAUUAUAAAAGGACACAUUCAUGCGUGA